AUGUCGUCCGGUGGCAAGUCUGGUGGCAAGUCUGGCGGCGAGACCAAGUCGCGUACCCGUUCAACCAAGGCCGGUCUUCAGUUCCCCGUCGGCCGUAUCCACCGUCUCCUCAAGCGCGGCAACUAUGCGCAGCGUAUCGGUUCGGGCGCGCCCGUCUACUUGGCCGCCGUCCUUGAGUACCUCGCCGCCGAGAUCCUCGAGCUCGCUGGUAACGCCGCGCGUGACAACAAGAAGUCGCGUAUUGUGCCUCGUCACCUGCAGCUCGCCGUCCGCAACGACGAGGAGUUGAACAAGCUCCUUGGUAACGUCGUCAUCUCGCAGGGCGGUGUCCUCCCCAACAUCCUCACCGAGCUCCUGCCCCAGAAGACCAAGGGCAAGGCCGGCAAGGCUUCGCAGGACGCGUAA